AAUUAGGCCGAGGUCGAGUCACAGUGUUUAUCGUUCAGUGGUUUCAACGAUCAUGGCGGAGAGGAGAGCUUCCAUACACUUACUUACCCGUUGUUUCAGCCUUGCAAUCUUCUUUCUGUUCUUUUUUAACUCAGUGAAGAGCACGGAAUUCUCAAAACAGAUGGUCUCCGAAUGGGCCAAUGUUGUUGGUAUCCAGACGUAUCACUUCACAAAGAAUGUUACCUAUGGUUUAGAUCUCCAAAACCGCUAUGAAACACUCAACGUGAGCACCAUUCAAGUCGAAUGGCGUCCGCUGCUCACCUGGAGCAAGACUAACAUGGAGGAGUAUUUUCACAAGAAAAUAGACGCAUUAAAGACUAUUGUAGAAAAAGCAGAAGACGCCUACUGCAAACAUAAAUAUAACAGAGAUCUUUUGUCAGUGGAAGUAGAUUAUCCAAAUUCCAAGAAGCUUCAGCCAUAUUUGAAUGACUCAGGCGUUUCGCUGGAACAGAGUCAGUUAUUCAAGAAAGAAGUCACAUAUAACAGAAGUGUUAUUCACAUACCUACAGACGUUUAUGAUGGAUCUGUAGAGAUUCUGAAUGGUCUAAAGUGGAGUGAAGCUUUGAAUGAAGCAUUUACAGAGAACCAGAAAAAUGAUCCUACUCUUGCUUGGCAAUACUUUGGCCAUGAUAAUGGAUUUAUGCGUGUGUAUCCAGGUAGUGCCUGGAACCAGCCGAAUGGCCAGGUGGAUUUGUAUGAUGCACGUAAAAGGAUCUGGUACAUCCAAGGUGCCACCUCUCCAAAAGAUGUGAUAAUUAUGGUUGAUGCUAGCGGCAGUAUGAGGGGUGUGCCUAUGAGGAUUGCUAAGCUAUCUGCAAUGGCUCUUAUUGACACCUUUGAAGAUAAUGACUUCUUCAACGUCAUUUCUUUUAACAUUACCAGAAGGGUACUCCUUUGCAACAAGACUGGGAAACUUGUCCAAGCAACCAAGAAAAACAAGGAGAUGGCUAAGUUGCUUGUGGAAGGCAUCCUUGAUGGUAACAUGGCGAUAUGGAGAGAAGGUGUUAAGGAGGCCUUUAGACUUCUGAAGGAGGCAAGAAAGAACCGUCAAGGUAGUGACUGCCAGCAGGCACUAAUGAUUUUCAGUGAUGGUACAACCAACACUCUUGAGGACCUAUACAAUGAGCUUAAUCCUGAUAAGAGGGUGCGAGUUUUUACAUUUCCCGUUGGACCUCCGGCAGAAAGCACAACAGCCAUGUUAAAAAUGGCUCGACAAAACAGAGGAUUCUUCUCACGCAUACAAAGCAUUGGUGCUGUCAGGGUAGUGAGUGAGUCCUAUAUCCGUGUGCUAAGUCGACCUAUGGCCAUGGCGCCCAAGAAGAACACAUCAGAAUCAGUCAUCUGGACCAGUGUCUAUCUUGAUGCGAUUGGCCUAGGAAUGGUUGUCACUGGGACGCUACCAGUUUUCUAUCGACCAACUGUCAACAAGAACUGCUCGACUGCGCUGAAACAAUCUACCGAUCACCUGAUAGGUGUUGUGGGUACAGAUGUACCACUUGACAAGCUGAAUGAGUUUUUCCUUCGACCUUUGGUUGGCCCCAAUGCUUACAUGUUUGGUAUCAACAAUAAUGGCCUUGUAGCUUUCCAUCCAAGGCUUAAGACUGUGUAUGGUUAUCUUGCCAAUGCUCCUGGUGUUGACCUGAUGGAUGUGGAGAUACCACUGACUUCGUCCAACCUUAAGCAGCUUCGUGAUGCUAUGAUCAACCAGACAUUCACAAAUACCAACAAAGGGCCAUCCCAAGCUACGCUAGAAGUGUACGACGUGUCAACAGAUGAGCUGCGAGUCUCCAAGCGUACUUUUAAUAUCUAUCACGAGAGUCUGCACAAGACCCCUUUUAGCUUUGCUAUAGCUACAUCAGACUUUGGGUUCAAGUACAGUCACCACAACGUAUCAGGGCUUAUGAGCAAAAUAGAGGAACUCCUCAAGGCAUCUGAUAUAAACCUUGAGAAGUGGCCAUACUGUCCUGGUACAGUGAAGUCAGAUGAUCCUGUGCAAGUUUUAAAGGCUAUGAAUUCUUCCAAGAUGUCAAGCACAUGUAAUUCUGACAUGCUGACUGGGCUUGCAGUUGACCUGGAUGCUACUUCCGGUAUGAACGCACUAUGGGCAGCGAAUCAAGCUAAAUACAACAGUGACAAUAUCAAGAACAUCUUUGUCAGGACCAACUACGGUGUAAUGAGGACAUAUUCCCCAAGUGGAGCCACGCCCUAUGUUCCAAACACGGUGGAGUAUGGUAGGGCAGUGGCAGAGAAUGUGAGGGACCAGAUUAUUUCAUACUACUCGCCUUACUACUCAGGUAAGAAGAACAGGAACUCCACCACUGUCAGGGCGUACGAGAAACUGGUCUACUCUAGCAAGCCGGUGGCAGUUGCUGGCUAUGACAUGGACUCUGACUCAUUUGCCGAUAUGGCAUUUGAGGGAACUAAAACGUGUGCAUCUGGGAACUGUGCUGAUGUGAAUUGUGAUAGACAGGGCAAGAGUACGCACGAGGGGCUGUACUGCUAUCUACUGGAUGAGAAUGCCUUCAUUGUCGCCUCGAAUGAUAAAAAGUCCAGUGGUAUGUUUUUUGGAAAAGUAGACAACGCUGUAAUGGAACUGCUGGUUGAUCACUAUGGCAAUGAGACAACAGCUGUUUUUAAGAAGGUCGUGUUCAGGGAUUACCAGGCUGUCACAGAAACAAAGAAAGGGACUGGCAGCAGUGGCUCGUCUUUACUGAGCCCCCUCUUCGAGUUGUCCUCUCUUGUCGACUGGUGGAGGUCAAAAGCGGUCAUGUUCUUUAUGUACUUCAACGUGUACAACUGGUUGUACUCUGAGACAAAGCCCUUUGCAGAUGCCAAUGAAGAUGUUCCUAAGAAUCUUAGCUGUGUUAAGGACCUUACUACAUACUACACAGAGAAGACGACCGUCUUAGCUAACGGCACAUCACAGUGCAAGUCGUCAAGUUGCUCAAGGAGUUAUAUUGUGGCAAGUGUACCUUACAGUAAUCUCCACCUAGUUGUGGUAGACGCUAAGUGUGGACAGUGUCAGGACAAGUAUGUCUCUCUCGGCAUACCUGGCGAGGCCCCUGCAUUAGACAUUACAAAUGACGAGUCUCCUUGUCAAUCACCUCUAUAUCGCAAGAGGCCUGGAAGAUGCUUCGAGACCACCAACCCUGAAAGCGGUUAUCUAGCUGGUCGAGGGAGUCUACACUCACCGUCUAUUUAUCUCUUUGGUUGUAUCUUCUUGAUGGCUAUUCUACUGAUGCGAGACUCGACUUGAUGCUGUUAAACCGCGGGGGAGUUUUGAAAGUCUGCCUCUUUUGAAAGGCCUAAAGCUUCUAAACAAGUAUGGAAGGCUUUUAGUGAUUUUUCCGCUCAAAAGUGGAUAUUGGUGGAACUUUAUUCAUUCAAAGAUUUAUAUUAUGCAACUCUAGUUGCGCUUUAAUUUAUAUCACAGACAUUUGCAACGGAGAGUUUCAGGUCGUGUGACACAUUUUAGUCAGUCAAACCAUUUAUGACCCGUUUAUUCCUGAGACCUGACAUCACCUGAAUGUUGGUAGCAUUUCAACUAUUUGCCCGGAUAUUAUAGUUGUUAUAGUAUUCUAUACAGGGCAUUAUAUAAAUUAGCAAAUGUUUCAUUCUUAUGUAGCGCAAUUGGUAUAUUAUUGCACAUUUGAUAAUCAUGCUUCAUAUUUAAAAUCUUUAUUUAGUUGUAAAUAUUCUAAUUAUUUUCUUAAACAAUGAGUCUAUAGUUUGAGCUAUGGACUUUUUUUAUUUAUUCUGGAAUUUAGUCCUCCUUUUCUGCGAUUUUUACAGUGCCGAACCUUGUAUCAACAAACAAGCGCCUAAGGCCCUAGGGAACCAGUAGGCGAUUUACUACAGUACCAGAAGCUGGUAAAAUGUCCACUUUUAAUCGCACAGACGCAUCGCAACAUUUUUCUUAACAACUAAAUAUUUGUUAUUCCUGAUCAAGAACUGCGUCGAAACAAUUCUUUCACCAUAUCCACGGUCAGGUCCCACAAACAAGGGUAACCUCUUUGAUAACAUUAAAAAUUCCUUUGGUAGUAGCGAUAAAAAUGUACUUUUUGUCGGUCAUCAAUUCUAUUGUUAUUUUUGAGCGCAUUAAGUUUGCUGAGAGCUUUGUCAAAUUUAGGUCUAGUUUAUUUAAUGCUUAAUAAACCAGUAUUGCCUUAAAGAUAUAUACAUCCAACAUUUAGUCGAUUCUAUUAUGUUUCAAUUUCGUCCUUUAUCUUGUAAGGACAGAAGAAAAUUGGAUUAAAACGUAUCCCGAGGGGGAAAAUGUACCAAUAGGCUUUUGUUGCACGCUUUUUGGCAUGCUUCAUGCGAGUAAAUUAAGUAUUUCGAUGUUGUAAAAUGAGUCAAUAUGUGACUUGGGAAUAUAUUAGUUUUACUCCAAAGCCCGGGUCCGGCCAUGAAUGAUGUAGAACCAAGAUGGCUGGCAAAAGAACCAUUUUUAUCCGUGGGUAAGCGCUUACCUCCUUUCGAGGAGCCGGGCCCUGAAAUCCACGUGUCAAAUUUAUGAACAAAAGAUUUUUAAUGCUUCGAUCUUUGAUUCCAAAAUUUAUUGGAGAUGAAAUCCUUGGUUUUGUUAAUCUUGGUUUUAACUUGAGUUUAUUUUUAAUGUUAUUUCUAUCCAGAAGAGUUGUGUCCUUGUGUCGAGUUUCUUUUAGUUCUUUUAACUGAUUGUUACUUAGGCUGCAGCUUAUAUUUGUAAAGGAUUUUUUAAGGCUGCGUCUUUAUUAAUGUUAAGAAAUAUCUAAAAUAUAUAGAAUUUUGUAAUAAAAGACUUGAACCGA